AUGCUGUUUUCCCGUUGGACUGGCAGGCGGGCGGCGUGUGGGGCACUCUGUGGGCAACGCCGCACCAAGAUGGUCUACGGGCCCAGACGCCCCAAGGGCCCGCUGCCCAGCACCCCCUGGACGGUUCGGGGGCCGCCGCCUGGCGCCACGUUGCCCUGGUAUUUGCAGAAGGUGCCGCCGGUGCGGGAGCAAGUGCGCGAUCUCGACGUGGUGACGUACGAGGGGAAGCUGCACCGCGUGCCCUGGCUGGCCAAGCCUCAGCAUGAGAAGUGGGAGCGCGGGUGGCGAGACCCCUGGCGCGACGGGCCCUGCCUGGACGUGCAGUCCAGCUACCACGAGCGGCCUUGUUAUAUCUGCCAGCAACUGACGCGCCUUUUGGAAGGUACCGGCGCCCAUGGGGGAGCGAGCGGCUCAGGAGUAAAGCAAGCAUCAUGGCUAACAAAGACAAAGGUAAUAGAUGGUUUGCCUCUGCAAAUACACAGCAUAAUGACCAACGUGGCUAAUGAACUGGAGAAUCAAGAUGAGAGAGUUCUAAAUGCAAUCUUUCAUGCACGCUUCUGGGUUAGCAGCGAGGAGGAGAUAAUGGAAGAAACUUAUUGCCCCACACUUCUGGAAGACUUGCUUCACUUGUGCAGGGCUAUGGCUACCAAACAUCCCUUGCUGGCCAAACGAAUGCUGGCUCGAGACUAUAGAGUGGCAGCAACAUGGGAAAGAGAAAGUGUCCUUCUUCAGGUCCGCGGUGUCAACGGGAGACUUUUGAACGCUGUGAGUCCUUUGGAACCUGUAGCAUCCGAGGAUGAAAUAUUAGCCUCUGAAAAUGAUGUUUUAGAAAGCUUAUAUCCUAUUGCACCCACAGUAGACCUUCAUGAAGUAAAUACAUAUGAAACAAAGAAUGAUACAGGUUUCCAAGCAGGCUACCCAUAUCCUCAUCCUCAUACUAUAUAUUUUGCUCAUGGUGACAGAUAUCAUAGAAUGCGACCAGAACAGCUUCGGGCUAAAAUGUUGAUGUUUGCUUUUGGGAAUGCUCUGGCUAAGGCCAGGUCACAGUAUGGGGAUGAACCCAGGGUGUUGGAGAAACCCAUUGUUGUCCAAAGUGUUGGCACAGAUGGCCAACGAUUCCAGUUCUUAGUGUUCCAGUUAAACACAACUGAUUUAGAUCCAAGCCAUGGUGUUAAAAACUUGGCCUGGAUUGAUGCAGACCAACUUCUGUAUGAAGAUGCCAGGCAUCGCCCAGAAAUCAGGAAGAAAGUGGUCACGAUUCCUGCUGGAAUACAUGGCUAUCAGCCAGCUACAUUCAAGAAGUUCCUGGCAUUCUACUUGCAUGGUGUCGUGUGAAGCUUCUCAAGUCUUUAAAUUAACCUGCUUCCAUCACAUUUCCUUUGAUGUUGGGCAUAUAUUAUAUCAAUAACUACUUUCGCAAAUAAAGUUUUUUUAAAAGAAA